AUGUCAAAGCUUUUAUCAAAUAAAACUUUUAGAUUAAUAACAACAAAUUCACAACCGAAAAUAUCAUUUGGUUUUUCAUUAAGAAAAAGGUUUACCACCGCUACAUCACCUGUUUUACGAGCCACUCCACUUUCAACACAAACACAAACUCUUGUUACCCCUUCACCGGAAUUAUUGGGAUUUGAAACACAAUCAAUUAAACAUGCAAAUCGACCAAUUUAUCUUGAUAUGCAAGCCACCACUCCAACAGAUCCACGAGUACUUGAUGCAAUGAUGCCAUACUGGACACAACAGUAUGGUAAUCCUCAUUCAAGAACUCAUGCAUAUGGUUGGGAGUCUGAAAAGGCUGUUGAAAAAGCUCGUGAACAUGUUGCUAAAAUUAUAAGAGCUGAUCCAAAAGAAAUUGUUUUCACAUCAGGAGCAACGGAAUCAAAUAAUCUUAGUAUUAAAGGAGAACAUAAAUGCGUACUUGAUUCAUGUCGUGUUUUAUCUGAAGAAGGGUUUGAAAUAACAUAUUUGCCAGUUAAAUCUUCUGGUCUUAUAGAUCUUGAAUUGUUGGCAAAAUCAAUUCGACCUGAUACAUCACUUGUGUCUAUCAUGACAGUAAAUAAUGAAAUUGGUGUAUUGCAACCUAUCGAAGAAAUUGGUAAAAUCUGUCACGACAAUAAAGUAUUUUUCCAUACAGAUGCUGCACAAGCUGUUGGCAAAAUACCUUUGGAUGUCAAUAAGAUGAAUAUUGAUUUAAUGAGUAUUUCAGGUCAUAAACUUUAUGGACCAAAAGGGAUAGGUGCUUUAUAUGCAAGAAGGAAACCCAGAGUUAGGUUAGAAGCUUUACAAAGUGGUGGAGGACAAGAGAGAGGUUUAAGAAGCGGUACUGUACCCACACCUUUAGUUGUUGGAUUAGGCGAAGCUUGUCGAAUUGCAAGUGAAGAAAUGCAGUAUGAUUCAGAACAUGUAAAAAAAUUAUCUAAAAGACUGAUUGAUGGCAUUAUGUCAAAAGUUUCUCAUAUUAUUCGUAAUGGUGAUCCUGAAUCAACUUAUCCAGGCUGUGUAAAUUUGUCAUUUUCUUUUAUUGAAGGUGAAUCCUUAUUGAUGGCACUUAAAGAUAUCGCACUUUCAUCAGGGUCAGCAUGUACAUCAGCAUCGUUAGAACCAUCUUAUGUGUUAAGAGCAUUAGGUUCUGAUGAUGAAUCAGCACAUUCAAGCAUUAGAUUUGGUAUUGGAAGAUUUACAACUGAACGAGAAAUUGAUUUUGUGAUUGACAGAGUGACAAAACACGUUGAUAAAUUGAGGGAAAUGUCCCCACUUUGGGAAAUGGUUCAAGAAGGCAUAGAUCUCAAAUCUAUCCAAUGGAGCCAACAUUAA